AUUACAACCGAAAAUUAUUUGAAUAUGUAAUAAAAACAUUUAUAAAGUUAUAAACUUUAAAACUUAACACGGCAACACACUAUAGCAGACUUGUGUCAUUUGGACUUUUUAGUAGUAGAAUAUUGGUUGGCAGCCCGUACCAAGUGUGACUUUAGUAGUAGAAUAUAAGUAGUAGUAGUAUUUUCGAGGCAGCCCGUACCAAGUGAGACAUUUUUGCGUGUGCAUUAGUGAAAAUCUUAGGAUUGGUUGCUAGAAAAUUUUAACAAUGAUAAAUAUUGAUAGUGGUAUAUGGAACGCAAUCCAACAACGUUUAAUAAAUAUCACAAUGCUGGAUCGCUUUCAAUUUAUAUUGAACGUGUAGAACACCCCUAUAUGUGUUUUUUCAUACCUAUAUGUUACUUGCUUUUGUUUAGAUUUGUGAAAUAUAUAAUUAAAUUAACAUUUUUACAAUGACGUUGUUUCGAUUUACUUCUAAAUUUUUACGUUUGCCUACAAUUAGAGUGCA